GGGAUAUCCUUCACCACCGGCGGCCGUUUAUUGGCGACGGCGUGGGUCUACCAGUUCGCAGUGGAUCGCUUCGCCGUGCAUUUUUGUUGACGGCGAGCUUUUGCGAACAAUCGCCAACUUUGCUAACAGAGAGAGCUAGAUGAUGCUAGUGUAUAUAAAUAUCCGUAGAGCCUCCUGCCCUCCAACCUUCAGCCCACGAUUCUCAUCUCAACGCAAUCUCAUAGGAGAGCUCUCUCUGUCGUAACACAUUUCUCUUAGCGAAUACGAUUGAACGAAUACUGCCCACAAUGGCUACAGGAAACCCUUACACCGUGAAAUGGGGCAUUAUGGCCACCGGCGGAAUUGCAGAGACAUUCUGCAAGGAUCUUUUGUGCAACCCCGAGAUUCGCGGCGCUCAUGACGUGCGCCACGAGAUUGUUGCUGUGGCCUCCUCCAGCAGCAAGAAGAGGGCGGACGAGUUUCUCAAGACGAUAGACGGUGCUUUUGAUGCCAAGACAUAUGGAUCAUACCCAGAGCUUGUCUCCGACUCCAACAUUGACAUCAUCUACGUCGCAACUCCCCACAGCCACCACUUCCAGAACACCAUGCUGGCGUUGGAAGCCGGCAAGCAUGUCUUGUGUGAAAAGGCGUUCACCGUUACGGCCGCCCAGGCCAGAAAGCUCGUCGAAACGGCCAAGGCGAAGAACCUGUUCUUGAUGGAGGCUGUGUGGACUCGAUACUUUCCGCUGAGUAUCCAGAUUCGAGAACGUAUCACGGCGGGCGAGAUUGGCACUGUCUACCGAACAAUUGGUGACUUGUCAUUCAACUCGAAUGCAACUGAGGGCAAGGGCCUCUCGUUUGCAGAUUCUCAUCGCAUGGUCAAUGUUGAUCUUGCAGGCGGCGCAAUCCUAGACCUCGGAGUGUAUCCCCUGACUUGGGUAUUCCAGACGCUAUAUCACCUACAGCCAGAGCAAGAUAAGGAGGCACCAACAGUGGUCGCCGCCAGCAACAAGUACACCACCGGCGCGGAUGAAAACACGGCAAUUAUCUGCCAGUUCCCUCAGCAUCACUCCCUGGGUGUCGCCACAACCACCCUCCGAGCACACACCGAUCCCGAACUCGACGCCGUCCCGGCUAUCCGAAUCCAGGGAUCAGAAGGAGAGAUCCAGGUCUUUUUCCCUGCUUACCGACCCCUCAAGUACAAGGUUGUGAAGAAGAGCGGCGAAUCCCAGACGUUUGACUGCCCCAUCCCCGGAGACCCGGCACGCAAUGGCUGGGGCCACGGAAUGUUCUGGGAGGCAGACGAGUGCGCUCGAUGCCUGCGCGAUGGCAAGAAGGAGAGCGCCACGUUGCCCUGGAAAGAGAGCAUCGUCAUUAUGGAGACGAUGGAGGCGGCACUGAAGCAGGGUGGAAUUGAGUAUCCGGAGCUGAUCACGACGGAUGUGUAUGACCCGAAGAGUCCAUUGAACACCGGAAAUCAGUAAAGAAAAAACAAAAAUCACCAUCACAAUAGGGAGAGUGGAACGGGACAAGAGAAAUUAUCAAACAUAAAGCCAGGCGAUGACGUGAGCUAAAACAAGAUAUAAUGAGGUUGGAAAUGACAGGGAUUGAUUGCUGCAAGUACAUGUACAUACCUACAUGUAUGUAUAAGGGCCGUGAAUAGUGGUAUGCAUGAGAAGUGACGGUGACAAGUACCUAUAUGCUGAUAUGCUGGAUACGAGCGCCACAAACGCAGCACAUAUCCCUGGCUCAAUGCAAACUGUUUGCCACACAGUAGCAUGAAACGGUGUAAAUCAUGCUAUAACCGAUAGCUGCCAUCUGCUUGCAGAAAGAAAGAGAAAGGAAAGGAAAAAGGAAGCCCCAUAUCCAAGAUGAGAUCGAGUUAAGGUUAGAAUAGCUUCGAUAGUAUUCCCUUGCUUGGAAACCAAUCAAAUCCUCUCU